AAAAGGUUUCCCAAUCGUAUUCCUCCUGCUCCCCUGUCUCGCUUGCAUCACAAAACUCUCUUAUCGUCUGGUGAUCUCUCUCCCUGAGCUGGGAUUCCGAUCUCUCCGCAUUCUCGGUUCACGCAACGGCCAGUUAUAAGAUACCCCGAUACCCAGAUACGCCUGUACCGUUCGUAGAUCCUCACUUCUUCUACCUUACUCGCCCAUCAUGCCGUACAACACUCGUCGCAAAUCGUUGUCUCUGCCGUCCCUCGGAAUUCACAUCCCGGUGAACCGGUCCUCGCCCAACAACUCCAGCGUGGCCUGCUCUAGAUCCUCCUCCGAGAGCUCUUCGCACCCGAAUAAGAAGCAGAAACGGUCCCACCAUGACCCGGUCUCCGCCGUGUCCAGCUCUGUACCCACCUUCAAGUCUGUCGCUCCCCCCGCGAAGUACGAUCACACACCGCCUCCCUCGCCUGGCCUCGAGCUCUCCAUUGAAAUGGACGACGGCGAGGCCGCCGAUGUCUCGGAGAUCAAGAAGGUCGACUUGGAGGGCAUAAACGACGAGAUAGUCGAGGCCGUCAUUGUACGGUUGCAAGAGACGCGGAAUCGACCCCAUCUAGUAAAGGAACUCGCUACCUCCCUCAUGGGCCAAGUCAGGAUCGUUCAGCAAUCUGCGAAUCCGUGCGCCAUCGUCUCCUCUCGGUUAUCUACAUACUUGAAGCGAUCGUGUUGGUCCGCCGUAGCUCCCUGCCCGCUGGCCAAGGAGCUCGAGACUGUCCACCCGAGGCGCACCUACUUCUACCUUACCACCUACCCUCACCAACCCCUCCCAGACACUUCCGCCGCCUCCCGCGUCAUCAUCACGCCGUCCCUGUCCAGCUCCCCUUCUACGUCGGACGACGCCGACUGCGAUCGAAGAAGGGAGCUCAGUUUGUCGCCCGAAGUCGAUCUUUCGUCGCCCGAGUUUGACGACAUGGACGAAGAUAUGCCCAUGCCUGGAACCCCGGUGGGGUCGCUGCCGGGCCGUCACCCAUCCCUCCACAACAUUCCGCGCUUACGGGGAGGGGACGAGCCUCCGCUAGAAAAGGACGAGAAAGAGUUCACCCAGACUGCAGAUGGACUACAAAAGCGAAAGGCGAACGGGCAUUUGCUCAAAGCUGACCCCGUCGAGCAGAACUUGAUAGACGACGGCAUGCAGAAUGAGCAGCUCUUUGGUGAACCGCCUAAGAAUCUGGCACCGCCCUUUCUACCUCACUUCGCAUUUAUGACUAGCCCCGCCAUGCGACCGAGUCUAAUGCCGCCACCUAAGAGGGACGGCGAGGCCGAAAGCUGGACCAAGCUAGAUGCCGUUCUCGAGUGGGGCCGGAGCCCCGAGACCGUCGAGCUCGACGAACUCGACGGUCUGCUUGACGAUUUCUAAGCACGUUUCGAUAGGGAUUUUUUUUAAGAAAAAAAAAUCCAGUUCUUCUCCUACUCGGUCUAUGUUCUUUUACUAGGCGCAAAACGACGUGUGCAUUCGGCACGCGGUUACUGUGUGAUUGAG